UGUACACGCCUCCACGUCAGGAGUGUGUUAAAGCUUAUAGUGUGUACAGACGUGUGUGUGUGUCAGUUUGGCCAGGAAGCUCCACUGAGUACAGCCCAAACUGCUCUGUUCAGACUCUCUCUCCUUCUCUCCCUCUUUUACUGCAAACUAUUCAAGGCAUCAUGGUGGCCCACAAGGAGUUCGCUACAGCCGGGAAGACAGCCGGUCUGCAGAUUUGGCGUAUAGAGAACCUGGACCUCAAACCUGUUCCCAAGAACCUGCAUGGAAACUUCUACGUCGGAGAUGCCUACCUGUUACUGUACACCACAACUGCUCCAUCCUACUACAUCCACAUGUGGCUGGGAGAUGAGUGCUCGCAGGACGAGAGCGGCGCCGCGGCCAUCUUUGCCACGCAGCUGGACGAUCAUCUGGGCGGCAGCCCGGUGCAGUUCCGUGAGGUCCAGAAUAACGAAUCCAUCACCUUCCUGGGAUACUUCAAGUCGGGCAUUAAGUAUCAGAAAGGUGGUGUUGCUUCUGGUUUCCAGCACGUGGUGACUAACAAAGUGGAUGUGAAGCGUUUGCUGCAUGUGAAGGGCAGGAGAGUGAUCAGAGCCACAGAAGUGACAUUUUCCUGGUCCAGCUUUAAUAAGGGCGACUGCUUCAUCGUGGACCUCGGAGAGAACAUCUACCAGUGGAUGGGCAGCGAGUGUAACCGCUUUGAGAGGGUGAAGGCGUCUAUGGUGGCCAUCGACAUCCGCGAUAACGAGCGCAACGGAAGAGCCAAGCUGUGCAUGGUGGAGGAGGAAUCAGAACCAGAUGAGCUUAUUAAAGCUCUCGGCCCCAAAACGAGCAUCGCUCCUGCCACACCUGAUGACGAGAACGUCGAGAUGUCCAACAAGAAAAAGGGGGCAUUGUACCUGAUCUCAGACGCCACCAGCACCAUGAAGACGAGCGUCGUGGCUCCUUCCAGUCCGUUCAAGCAGGAAAUGCUGUCGCUGGAUGACUGCUACAUCCUGGACAACGGCAAGGACGGCAACAUAUUUGUGUGGAAAGGUUCAAAGGCUAACACAGAGGAGCGCAAGGCAGCCAUGAAAGUGGCUCAGGAUUUCAUUAAGGAGAAGAACUACUCCAGUAAAACACAGAUCCAGGUGCUGCCUGCAGGGGGCGAGACAACGCUCUUCAAGCAGUUCUUCUCUAACUGGAAGGAUAAGGACCAGACGACGGGCCCCAGUAAAGCGUACACCAUCGGCAAGAUCGCAAAGGUGAAGCAGAUUCCCUUCGACGCCUCCACGCUGCACUCCAACCAGUCCAUGGCGGCGCAGCACAACAUGGUGGACGACGGCUCCGGGAAGGUUCAGAUCUGGCGUGUGGAGGACGGAGCACGUGUCGCCGUGGAUCCUUCUUCUUACGGUCAGUUCUACGGCGGCGACUGUUACAUCAUCCUGUACAGCUAUAAACAGGGCGGGCGAGAGCAGCACAUCAUCUACACCUGGCAAGGACUAAAGUGCACUCAGGACGAGCUGGCUGCCUCGGCCUUCCUCACCGUGCAGCUGGAUGACUCCAUGGGCGGAGCUCCUGUCCAGGUUCGUGUGACUCAGGGUCAGGAGCCUCCUCACCUGAUGAGCUUGUUUAAAGGGAAGCCCAUGAUCAUCCACAGUGGAGGAACGUCACGUAAAGGUGGGCAGACGAAGGCAGGAACCACACGUCUGUUCCACGUCCGCACCAGCACUGCCAAAGCCACUCGGGCUGUAGAGGUGAGCCCAUGUGCCUCCAAUCUCAACUCCAAUGACGUUUUUGUGCUGAAGUCUCCUGAUUCUCUGUUCGUGUGGCGAGGCGUCGGUGCCAGCGAUGAGGAAGUUACAGGUGCCAAAUUCGUCCUCAGCUUCCUGGGAGGGAAACCCAUCGAUGUGGCCGAGGGAAAAGAGCCAGCUGGAUUCUGGGCUGCUCUGGGAGGGAAGAAGGAAUAUCAGUCUUCCAAAACCCUGAAGAACACCAUCAAACCCCCUCGUCUGUUUGGCUGCUCCAACAAGACCGGCCGGCUCACGGUUGAGGAGGUUCCCGGUGACUUCACCCAGGCUGAUUUAGCCACCGAUGAUGUCAUGCUGCUGGACACUUGGGAUCAGAUCUUCCUGUGGGUGGGCAAUGACGCUAACGACGUGGAAAAGAGCGGCGCUCCAAAGAUCGCUAAAGACUACGUGGACACAGACCCGUCCGGGCGGCGCGGUAUCCCCAUCACCACCAUCAAACAAGGCACCGAGCCUCCGACCUUCACAGGCUGGUUCCAGGGCUGGGACGCCAACAUGUGGGACACCGACCCUCUGGAGAAAAUCCGCGCUCGCUUUUAAUUCAUCAUUCAUCAUCGUCUAUCUGAUAUUUGCACUUAACAUCCAGUUUUACAUAUUUUUUUCUUUUUAACACUUUUUAUCUCGUUUAUCGUAUCACGUGCCGACGUGCCGUACGGACGGUGAUGCGGCCGAGACGUCACGUAGACGACACUUUGUUUGCUGUAAUGAGUCUAAGAAUAUCCAUGAAAAUCACACCGAUGUUUAAAAUCUCAUUGUUGGCUAAACAUUCCAUGAUAUUUUUGACAAUUAAAGCCGCGACGUGACGUCAUUCCCGAGCAUCGCGUCCGACACGAGGUGCUUUUUCUACCACUUUGGCUUUUUCUACCAGUUAUCAAACUAGCGAUGUAAUAGCAGCCGGAUCAGAUACGUUCCAGCGAACGCUGUGUAAGACGCAAGAAACAAAUAUUCCUAAUAAACUAUUUAGCGUG